AUGGAAGAUCCUGGAGUCGCCAACAGAUUUUUGACCGAUCUCCAAAUUGCGUGGGAGCCCUUCCUGCCGUUGGCUGCAGAUUUGAGCAACGCAACAAAUGUGGAAAUGUACUGCUCAAAGGUGCGAACCGUCAUGCACAACGUGGCUGUUGAGCAUUUUGCAAUGCGGCCUACCCAGAAAUCGAUGAAGCUCCUCCCUGCAACUUUCGACUUGCUGCGCCGUCGGCGUGAUUUGCAGGAUACUGUUUUGCAGCAUGUCAGUGUGUGGAGUGGCAAUGGUCUUGGUCCUCUUCACGUUUUGAGGUGGUUUUUCAUGUCUCUACAACUUCUCACGGCGCACUUGCGCAUGGACCGAGCAUGCAAGACAGCAGUGAGGAAUGACAACAAGGCUUGGCAUCAGCGCUUGAUUGGCAGACUGCAGCAAGCACUUGAUCUACGUGAUUCUCGUGAGGCUUGGGCUGUCUCUCGAAUGAUUGCUGGGCAUGGGCCGUGCAGGGUCAUCAACAGAACUGCUUCAGCGGCGAAGCUCAUAACGCAAAGUCAAUGGGAGCAACAUUUGCGACAUGUGUGGGGAGCGCGGAAGCACACUGCUGAAGUGGUCUCAGCUGCACCACAGCCACUGGCCGAGCCGCUCUUGCAUGGGGCCAGCGGUCAAGCCACACUGUUAAAAGCUGCACUUGCGCAGCCUCGAUGCCGGGCAACCCCGCCUGGCGCUGUCCCAGCAGAACUAUUGUGCCUUGUCACGCAGAAGCGAUCCAUCACCGCUAACUCUUCUUCAUGGACGACAGAAGCGAUGAUGCAGAUGUUCGAGGGUAUACAAUGUAUCGGAUACAACCCUCAGGCGUGGUGUGAUGGCUUCGGCUGCCCAAUCCCAAAGCCUGGAGGUGCAUCUGGCCCAACCGGACAGCGUAUCAUUAACUUGCUGGACGCCGGAGGAAAGAUGUUCUACAAGGCACUGAUGGGGUUUGUCCCCGACAGGUCGGUCACAGUCUUCAGAGCAUUUCCGAUGCCACUGCAGCAAACGGCAUCGCUCAAAUCCUUCUUGCUACCUCGCAACCCCCGGCUAAACGACGACAAAGGUGAAGCCCUUCUUUCCUUCAGUGGGAAAGGUGCUUAUGGUGCUGCGCGAGAUGCUCAUGCUGGACUCUGGAGUGGAUACCCUCCUCGUUUGGUAGUGAAGUACUUGGGAGCUCGUUUGCAGUCCAAUGGGUCCUUGCACACUGAGAUUAGCAAAAGAAUAGCGUCUGCCAGGGCUGGCUUUGCUAAGUUCGCGCAGCUUUUCAAGUGCAGCCUCUUACCGCAAACACACAAGGUGCUUGUCUUCAAGGCUGUGGUCAACGAAGCCCUUCUUUCAGCCUUAGAGGUGCGGCCCUUGACGAGAAUUGAUGAGCAAACACUGGAGAAGGCCCGUGGAAUGUUGCUUCGCCGAUUGUUCGGGCGUCAGGGCUAUGGAGCAGUUGCAAAUGACCCGACUCACACAUCUGUGACAAUUGAAAGCUUGCGGCAGAGGGCAAACCUUUCUACAAUAGCGUCAGAGUUGCUGGUUCGCAGACUGAUGUGGCUUCGAGGUGCGCUGCUAGCUGAGAGAAGUGGGCAAGUUAGACUGGAGCUUGCGGCAUUGUUUGGCACUUCCUUGCAGCUUCAACCCCCUCUGCGGCUGGACACGAGUGCCCCUUCUGCUCACGCGCCCAGAUUCUUGCACAUACUGUUUCGGGAUAUUCAGUAUGUCCUUCCUGAAUUUCGUGGCUUCAGUGAAGGCUGGCGAGAUCGCUUUCUUCAGGUUCCUGUUGCAACAAUCCGUGGGCAAGCAUCAUGGCGUACUGCAGACUCAGAACGGAAUCUCAACCUUGAUGAUCAGCCUGAACCGGCGAAUGACCCAGCUCCUGCGCAUGAAGGGAUUCCUGAACUUGCCUUGGUGGCUAAUAUCAUCCGAUGCCCGGACUGUGGGGCUGGGCCUUGGCAAUCGACUCGGGCACUGAAGACGCAUCAGGUCCGAAAGCAUAACUUUUGCAAUCCGAUUCAGGCCACAGUCUGCCAAAUUUGCGGCAGACAGUUCACUUCAAAAAGCGUGGCUCGUCGACAUGUUCAGAACAAUUCGUGUUAUAGACCUGUCAACAACCAUGGGCAUGCUGGAGCCAUUGAAGGACAACGAAUUGCUCGUGCCAAAGCUGCUGCACAGGCUCAAGCUGCUUCACAAGUACCUCCCAGGGUAGAAGCACCUCAGAGGACUAUAGCGCACUUCUUCAUCAACCGCAAUGCCGCUGGACUUUCUUCAGCAGCCGGCCUCCAGCCCCGCGAACAGACCGCAGAAGAGAACGAGAACCCCAGGGUCUCGACGAACAACUCAACAGAGCGUCAAGUUCAGGAGCUAACUCAACAACUCCGCAAGGUUUGCCAAAUCAUCGGCAGCCACGAUCGCAGUCUACGAGAGCUGGAGGCGUGGUCCACUCACACUUGGCUGUUCCACAAGGAGAGCGAGGUGGCGAAAUUGCUAGCGGAUCACAUGGAGCAAUGGAAGCAGAACCUUCCCCAGAAGGGGCAACCUCAUCCGCAGGGACCAGCGCGACUUACCGUAGCAGCGGCCUUCGCCAAAUGGUUACUGCAAGAUCCAGACAGGAAACAGGCCAUGCCGAAGUUCGCAACACUGCAUGAGCCAAUGUCUGCUCUUGAGGACUUGCAUCAGAGUAUCCAGCUAGCCUUCAUCAAGCCAGUGCGUGAUGGCCGUACACUUCUUAAGAUCAGGCCCCAACUUUCAGCUGUGGAGGCGUGGAAGGAGGCAGCUGAGUGGAUUCAGAAAUCAGCAACGGAGCUGAAAGUUGAGUGUAAAGAUCUCGCACCGCCUGGGCCUCUCGUAAGAAGUCUGAUGGUUCAAGAGUCAACUGAGUAA